AUGGAUCUCUCACUACCAGACUCAUUCCAAGCUGCCUAUCUCAGGGAACUGCUCAAUUCCUCUCUUUUGAACCUCAGUUCUCUGAGCAGCAGCUGGUUUUAUAACAGCACUGGAGAUAGAUUCCUGCCAAUGGGGAUCAAGGUGACCAUCGUGGUGGUAUAUCUGAUUGUGUGUGUGGUGGGACUGGUGGGGAACUGUGCAGUCAUGUACGUUAUCGUCAGGUAUACAAAAAUGAAAACAGCCACCAACAUCUAUAUUUUCAAUCUGGCUCUAGCAGAUGCCUUGGUGCUAAUCACUCUCCCAUUCCAGGGCACAGAUAUCUUCCUGGGGAUCUGGCCCUUUGGCAAUGUCCUUUGUAAGAUUGCAAUUGCCAUUGAUUACUACAACAUGUUCACAAGCACCUUCACUCUAACCAUGAUGAGUGUUGACCGUUAUAUCGCCAUCUGCCAUCCAGUCAAGGCCUUGGACAUCCGCACUCCACACAAGGCUAAAGUGGUCAAUGUUUGCAUCUGGAUUCUGGCCUCCUGCAUUGGGAUUCCUGUCAUGGUCAUGGGGUCAGCUGAGAUGGAGAAUGAUGAGAUUGAAUGCCUGGUACAGAUGCCAUCUCCAGAACAUUACUGGGAUCCAGUCUUUGGCAUUUGUGUUUUCCUCUUCUCCUUUGUCAUCCCUGUCCUCAUCAUCACUAUUUGCUAUAGCCUGAUGAUUCGUCGUUUAAAAAAAGUUCGUGUACUAUCUGGAUCCAAGGAAAAAGACCGAAACCUACGCAGGAUAACCAGGCUAGUAUUGGUGGUGGUAGCUGUCUUUGUUAUCUGCUGGACACCCAUUCAAAUAUUUGUACUGGUUCAGAGCUUGGGGGCCAAGCCAGAUAGUGACAUCAAGGUGACCGUACUUCACUUCUGCAUUGCCCUGGGAUAUGCCAAUAGUAGCCUAAAUCCUGUUCUUUAUGCUUUCCUGGAUGAGAAUUUUAAGGCCUGCUUCAAGAAGUUUUGCUUCCCUUCAGCCUUCCGUACUGAGCUGCAAAUGUCCAACCGCAUGUGCAGCAUCGCCAAGGAUGUGGCUUAUGCCUGCAAGAACUCAGACGGUCCGAAUAAUCCGGCAUGA